AUGGACGGAACAACCUGGACUGACUACACAGCUGAUGGGCAAUUUUUCCCAGGUUCAACAGACAGAAACACUCCUGACACUCAGCUGCUGGGUACACCUGUGUCAGCUCAGUACGUCCGCAUCCUCCCUGUGGAGUUCAGCGGUCAGGCAGGCCUUCGCUUUGAUGUCUUAGGAUGCUCCCCCGACUAUGCGAUUACUUGCGCCAACAAGCCCAACUUCAACUUUGCCAAUGAUCGAAUGACUGUUCACUGUCCGGCAGGCUGUGCCAAUGCUAAUUACAACGUGUACGGCACGACGGUAUAUCGUGGGGACUCGAACAUCUGUGCAGCAGCCAUCCAUGCCGGCGUGGUACUAAAUGAAAUUGGAGGAGACUGCACUCUGUUGAAAGCUGAAGGACAGAACUUCUAUGCCGGCUCUACCCGGAAUGGCAUCACCUCGAGACAAUACGACGGAAAUUAUGCUGUAUCAUACACUUUUGCAGAUGGGGAGCUGAGGUGUUCAGGGCCUGACUGGUAUGAGUUUGGAGAUUUCUGCUACAAACCCUUUGAAGACAAAAAGACAUGGCGUGAUGCCCGGAACACCUGCAGGGGUCUGGGUGCUGAACUCGUGUCCAUCCUCUCCAUGAUCGAGCAGAGCUGGCUGGAGAGCUACCUGUACAUGGCCACCAGUGACGUGUGGACGGGUCUGAAUGACCUGUUCGUGCCUGGUAUGUUCGCCUGGUCUGAUGAGCACAUUGUGACCUUCACCUACUGGGCUCCAGGGGAACCUAACAACCACGACGGGUUCAGUGAAGACUGUGUUGAGAUGUUACAACAGACUGGCCGAUGGAACGACGUGUCCUGUACAGAGCUCAAUACCUACAUCUGCAAAACGCCCAAAGCACAUUACCCAGUGCCCUCUGUAAAACCCACCGUGUACGGGUGUCCUCAGGGGUGGGAUGCCUACGGCUACUCCUGCUACUGGAUGGAGGAGACCGCCAGGAGCUGGUCUGAUGCUAAGGCCUUCUGCAAAGAGCAGGAUGGCUUCAUGCUGCACAUCGGAGACAUUUAUGAGCAGUCACAUUUUACAGUGGUGUUGUCAGGAAAGACCAGUUUGUGGUGGACUGGCCUGCGUGCUCGCGGAGGGACCAGUGGAGGGGUGGACUACUUCUGGGACAACGGCUCACCUCUCACCUUCACUCACUGGGACAGAAACCAGCCAGAUAGCGGGGAUGGCUCUUGUGUUGCUAUGACGACGGGUCAGAUCGGUGGUUUCUGGGAUGACAAGGAGUGCUCAGAGAAAUAUGCCUUCAUCUGUGAGAAACCCAGGCCUGACAUCACCCCUCCCACCAAAGCCCCAACUCCUCCUCCUGCACAGGGCUGUGCUGACGGCUGGACGGCCCUGCCUCACUUCAGGAACUGUUACAAGCUCUUCCACAAUGUGGACUGGUCCCUGAAGAAGAGCUGGGGAGCAGCACAUGAGGACUGUGUUGCCAGAGGAGCAAAUCUGGUCAGCAUCCACAAUCAGGAGGAGGAAGAGUUCCUGUCCCUGUACAGCAAAGCCAGCAGCAAGUGGAUUGGCCUCAAGCACAACCCCACAGAAGGAGGUUAUUCUUGGAGUGACGGCUCACCUCUGUCCCACACCAACUGGGGUCCCGGGGAACCGAACAACCACGAGGGCCGCGAGGACUGUGUAGAGAUGGUUAGCAACACCAACGGGACCCACUCCUCGUGGAACGAUCUCAACUGCGAUGCUCACCAGGACUGGAUAUGCAUGAUCGCGAAAGGAAAGAACCCCGUUCUGCCACCACAGCCCCCACCUCCUCUCCCAGCUCCUGACUGUGGAACUAACGUCGGCUGGAGGAAGAACAACAACAUCUGUUACUACUACAACGACACUGACAUAGUGGACUUCCACACGGCUAUGAUGCGAUGCUACGCUGAGAAGGCCACGCUCGUCUCUAUCCUCAACAAAGACGAACAGGCUUAUGUCAACAGCAUGGUGGGGACAGGGCAGGUUACUGCAGCCUGGAUUGGAAUGAGGAUGUUUGGCAUUGCAAGUGGACAAUACAUGUGGGUGGACCUGUCCCCUGUGACAUACACUCACUGGGGGCCAGGUGAGCCCAACAAUGCCAACGGGGAGGAACAGUGUGUUCAGAUGAACAGACAUCAAGGUGGAUGGAACGAUGCCAACUGUGGUCGGGCUGGAGCAGGUUACGUCUGCAAGAAGUUCCCCGGAGACGUCCACACCCCUCCUCCGCCCACACAGCCGUGGGAAGGCAACUGCCCUGCAGGUUGGAUGCGUUUCAAGGAUAAGUGCUUCAUGUUCAAAGGGCAGAAAAAUGAUAUCAAGGCCAACUGGUCUUAUGCUCGGAGUUGGUGCAAAGACCAAGGAGGAGAGCUGGCGGUUAUUGAUGACCAAUAUGAGAAUGACUUUGUGUCCAGUUACCUGAGGGACCUGGAGCUCCCCACGUGGAUCGGUCUGUCAGAUCUCUUGGUAGAGAAUCAGUACGCCUGGAGUGAUGGGGUCAGCCCAGUGCUGUACACCAACUGGAACGACAAGGAGCCCAACAACGCCGAAGGAGCGGAACACUGCGUGGCAAUGACUCACAGCCCGCUGGUGAGUGGCAAGUGGAACGAUGACGCCUGCCACAAGGAUCAUAGCUUCGUCUGCUACAGGAAGAAAUCAAGCAGCAUUAACCCUCCACCCCCAACCAAGAGCCCCUGCCCGGAUGGCUACAUCUCCUGGUACCAGAAUUGCUACAAGCUGGUGGAGGAGCCAGCGACCUGGGACGCGGCUCAGGAGGCCUGUAGGCAGCAGGGAGGCAACCUGGCCAGCAUCGACAUGAGCUACGAUCAGGCCUUCGUCGCAGGAGUGGUGCUGCAGGGCAAAGCUGAUGCCUGGAUCGGACUCAGACGCAAGGAUGACGGCUCCUACACCUGGACAGAUGGCUGGCCAGUUUUUUUCACACAGUGGGGACCAGGAGAGCCCAGCAACAUCAAGGACGAGGGCUGCGUUAGCAUGCACGCCUCACCUGUGUUCCAUGGGACCUGGAACGACACAAAGUGUGACCAGGCAAAACCCUACAUCUGCAAGAUCUCCUCAGAGAAACCGCCGCCGACUCCCGCCCCUGGUGAUGGGAAGUGUCUGCCUUUCUGGAUCCCAUAUGGCCGCCACUGUUACUAUGUGUACAACGGUCAGGAGGGUUUCUCCUGGCCGGACUCCCGACACUACUGCCAGUCGAUCAAGGCAGACCUGGUGUCCAUUCACAGCAGAGCGGAGGUGGAGUUCAUCAGGAACUUAAACUACACCAAAUAUCACCACAUCUGGAUCGGACUCACCAGGGACAGCAACUUUGGCUGGGGCUGGACAGAUAGGACGUCUCUGGGCUUCCUGAACUGGGCCCCCGGUGAGCCCAACGCAGCCUUUCACCCCGGAGACGUGGCCGAGGAGAACUGCGUGGAGAUGUAUGAUGAUGGACGCUGGAACGACAACAACUGCCUGCAGAAGAGAGGUUUUGCAUGUCGCCACCGCCAGUACUAUACAACAGACGAUGGCGGUAAUCCUAUUUUCCCCACUGAUGGUCCAGGUGUCAACCACGGAGGAGCGAUAGCUGGUGCUGUCAUCGCAGCCAUCGUGAUUUUCGUCCUCAUAGUUGGACUGCUGUACUAUGUCUUCAGUGUCCGGGGUUACAAACUGAGCAGCUUGAGCCUGCCGACAAGAACAACCAGUAAAGUUGAUGUGCCUGCUUUCACCAACCCCAACUUCGCAGGAGAAUCUGACACAUAAACUAUCAUUCAAGUUUUGUACAGUACAUUGAAUCAUUGAAUGAAGUACAUCCUGUUUCAUAAGAUUAAACAAUACUGUAAAUACUGUAAUACACCGACAGCAAUGAUGUAUUA